CGGCCAUGUGCCAACCUCCCUCUGACCAGGCGGUCAGGGACAUGCUCGGCCCAGUCCUCGCAGCAGACACAGCCAUCAAGCAAGUUCGCCCUGUCCAGUCUCUGCGUCCGCAACGGAUCUACAAAGUCGACCUUUCCGAUGGCAGGACGCUUCACCUCGUGCUGCCCCCCGUGUCCAUCUGGCGGCCGCUGCGUUUCGAGCAGGGGAUGGUCUCGUCGGAAGCGGCCGCGGUGCGCUGGAUCAGCGAGACCCUGACGAGAGACACUCCCGCCAUGACCACUAUUACUGCCACCGCUACCAGCAGGAUCCGUCCAGCGAACAUCAAUCUGUCACUGCCCACCCUUCUUUACCACGGCCAGGGUUCGAAUAACCUCCUCGGGUCCUCUUACGCAGUCUACCUGCCCCCAACACCAUCCCCGUCCCCAUCUCAACCCAAAACAGAACUAAAAGAACCCACCCCCCUGGCCCUGCUCCCCGGCCCGCCCCUUUCCCCACAAGAGCGGCACGCCGUCGACAAGCAAACAGGCGCCUUGUUCCGGCGGCUGGCAAAGCUGACCUCUCCCUCAGGCCGCUUCGGCCCGCUCGCCGCCGUAGUUCCUCCUCCCACUCCUAAUACAACUACUUCGGACCCAACCACUACUACUACCACGCUCACUACCGGCGGCGGCCCGGGGACCGGGAUGGGAGUAAUAGGAGGAUUGAGCAUGAGCAUGAGCACCAUGGCCGGCACGGGCGGGGCCGGGAGCUGGUCCGUGGCGUUCCACUCGCUGCUCGAGGGCAUCCUGCGCGACGGUGAGGACAUGGCCGUGGUGCUGGGCUACUCGGCCAUACGCCGCCAGUUUCGGCGGCUAGGGUAUUUGCUAGAUGAGGUCAGCGUUGCGCGGCUGGUGGUUGUGGACGGCGCGGACGAGGGGAACGUGCUUGUUCGGGGCGAGGUCAAGGACAAACACGAGGAUUAUGAGGAUGAGGAUGGGCAAGAGGAAGGGAAAGGCAAAUGGAUGGCAAGCGCAGGGCCGGCUACGGGAGAGGGUGAGGCAAAAGGAGAGGGGAAGGAAGGGCAAACAUCCACAAACGCAAAGGAACCGGAGAAGAGACACUCGACAAGAAGGCUAAGGGUAACCGGCCUUGCCGACUGGAGCAGUUGUGUCUUUGGCGACCCGCUGUUGGCCACCGUCUUCAGCGACCCGCAGCAGCAGCAGCCUCCGUCGGCCGGCUUCCUCGAGGGAUUCAACAACGGUACCAAAAAGAUUGUUCAACAAGGCUUGUACCUCGAUCCGGCCGCCAGCACAGCAAAAGACCCCCAACUCCUUCCCCUGGACGGGGACAUCAUCGAAGACGUUGACACGGCCUGGAUCAGACUGCUCCUUUACCAGGUCUAUCACGCCGUGGUGCACAUCGUGAGGGAGUUCUACCAGCCACGUCCCGACAGUAGGGACCGGGAGCUCGAGGCCAGGAGGAAGUUGAACGAGGUGCUGGCACGCCUCGCAGAGGUGCACGACGACGCCAAGAAGAAACAUCCAAGGCCGAGUGGGGAGAUGUCACCCGCAAAGAGGAUCAAGGCGGAUGCCGAGGAGGGCUGAUUGAGUAAUACCUUACCUGAG